UCUAAAAUCAUAAUAAUAUGAUGGGUUUGACAACAUGAUGCACGUGUCAUAAACUUUAUUUUAUAUUUAUUUAUUAUAAAAUUUAUGGAAUUUAAAAAAGAACUUUCUUAAAAAUGUGCCAAGAUGUGUGUGACCAGUGAAAGUUAACUAAAAUAAAAGUAACAAAAUUUUAAUAUUACUGAAAAGUUUAAAUGAAUACCUAACUGUCAAUAUCAGCCGGAAAAAUAUUUUCAUACAGAUAUGACUUUAUCGGAACAUGAACGUUAUCGACAACAACAAGAAAACUUUGUUUCCAAUCAUGCGGGAACAACAGCUCAAGAAGUUAUUUUCGUGUUACUGCCAAAUAUAUGUAGCAUUCUACUUACAACGUCAAUAUUAGGUUUAUUCAGAGGAAAAUUAAGUUCCAAUAUUCGAGUAAUUAUUGAGUUUUCAUUAACGAUAUGUCCAUGUAUUUUAUGUUGUACAGUAUUAUCCGAGUACUUAAUUCAUGUUUGUUCUUCAAUGCUCAUAGUUUCAUUAAUAGCCUUUCUUUUAAUUGCCACAAGAAAAUGUCCACAAUUGAAGGAAAAUGUUGUACCUGUUCAAUCAAAAAGACUGUCAUUUUUAACAAACUUUAGAGCCUUGGUUAAUAUUAUAACAGUCGUCUGUAUUCUUGCAGUAGAUUUUAAAGUGUUUCCACGUAAAUUUGCGAAAACUGAAGUGUAUGGAUAUAGUUUAAUGGACACUGGUGUGGGACUUUUUAUCAUAGCCAAUGCUCUAGUUGCACCUGAGGCAAGGAACAAAAUGAUAGAUAAGAAAAUGGCACUAUCUGAAAUAAUCAAGUCCAUUAUAAGCUGCAUGCCAUUUUUUGUUUUAGGAUUUUGGCGUUUUCUUGCCAUUGAAUAUCUCGGGUAUCAGAAACACAUUACCGAAUACGGAGUUCAUUGGAAUUUUUUCUUAACUUUAGCUUUUGUCAAACUGUUUACAAGUUUAAUUCCUAAAAGAAUAACUUGUAAAUAUUCUCUUUUGUCCGGAAUUUGGUUGCUAAUGAUGUAUGAAUAUGGUUUAAGUAACAAAGAUUUUAAAGAAUGGAUUUUGAGUGAAGGUUCUAGAUAUGAUUUCGUAUCUGCAAAUCGGGAAGGUUUGGUUUCACUUCCUGGUUACAUAGGGCUUUACUUGAUUGCAUUGUCCGUUGGAUCAGUUAUUCACUCGACUUUUCAAAAUUCAAAAAUUAAUUCCAGAAAAUCUCAAGAGAAAUCUGUUUUAGAAAUUAAACUUCUAAAAUACAACAUUAAUGUGGCUUAUAAUCAAUCGAUGAUACUUUGUAUAAAGCUAUGUUUGAUAGCUUCUCAAGCACUCGGCGUUACUAUAUUUUGUGAUUCGUACUUUUCAGUUUCUAGGCGACUCACUAACAGCGGAUAUUGUGCUUGGAUUAUCACUCUCAGCAGUACAUUUCUAACAUUACUUGUAUUAGUUGAAAUUAUCAUAGAAAUAUUUAUCCCACACGAAACAAAACAAAUUACUCCCGAUAUCAAAGUCUAUACAAAAAGAGCAAAUAAUCAAAAAUUAAAAAAACCCGUUUCCACGCAAACUUUUUCUGAAACUUUCGAGAUUUUCGAAGCUGUCAAUUAUAACGGUUUAGCUUUCUUUCUCUUGGCCAAUAUUUUGACAGGAACUGUGAACAUGUCCAUCAAAACACUUUAUACUGAAAACACCUCAGCCGUGAAUAUACUUAUAGCUUAUAUGGCAAUUAACAUAUUUUUUGUUCUAGCUUGUUAUCGAUUAAAAUUCCAAAUAAAAUUGUAAAUAUCUACUAAGCGUUUUUAGUAAAUUUUCCAUUGUAAAAUGUUUUUAAAAAUAAAUAUAAAUUUAU